AUGCCUGAUGUAGUCACCAAGGAAAUAUUUAAAAACCUUGAUUUUGGGUCAAUUCGAAUGCUCCGAAAAGUGUGCCACGCGUUCCGUGACUACAUCGACUGUGUAAAACCCGACAGUAACUUGAAAUCGAUCGAAAUGUACGUGCUACAGGAUAUGAUUUUUGGAUUACUUUCAUCACCCUCACAAUCAACCGAAGAUAUCAAGUUCUCUUACAAAAAGUACAAUGAAUUAUGUAAGGGGCUAUGGGGUCCCCGGUAUGCAAUAUUCAAAAACAACUUAUUCGAUUUAUAUAUUGAUGAUUCCCUUUGGCCAGCAUUGAAGCACCAAAAAUCGUUACUGGACGAGCUACGUGUCCUGACAUUUACGGACUUAGAUAAGAACCGUCAACCUACCCCACAAACCGACGGGAGGUUUGUUGCGCAAAAUUUCGAAAUGUUAUUUGAUAGUUUGAUCAAUGCUUUGGAGUCAAGGAAUCGUUUACUUCAAGUAAAGUCUCUGAUAAUUUCGGUACAAGGAGGAGAUCAACUGAUACAGCUGCUUCGUCAUGUGGAUUUGAAAAUAUUAAAAAGUCUGGAAGUCUACAGACGAUUAGAAACAGAAAGUAGUUUUUACUAUGAUGAAGAUAACAACGAAUUCGUUUUGGAUCUCGAUUUACUGAAAGAUUGUAAAAAUCUGGAGAAACUUCAUGUGGUUCGCUUCGCCGUAUGCUCUCCAUUCCGCAUGUUUACUCAUAUUCCGGAUCUGAAAGUUCACAUGCAAACGAUCUACUGUGAAGAUGUAUUACGCUUCAUACAGACCACGGAAAAUUCAAAAAUCAAUGCUAGUUCCGAAAUCCGGUUUGGAGAAUUUCCCUACAAAUUUCGUUUUAUGGAAGCUAUCGGAUUGGCGGAUGAUGGCAGCAAACCAGUUCAUGUUUUUCCCAGUAAACUAUCUUUAACAUACCAUCCUGAUUUGAAAUGCAUGGAUUUUAGUUGGGAACACAGUUCAUAG